UUAAAACAUCAUCUGAUAAAUUAAUGACGAAAUGUCCAAAAUUACAGAAAUAUUCAAACAUUCCUAAAACUCGGCAAAGGUUUAUCGAUGAAUCAAAAUGACGGGACGCAACACCCAAUAUUCAAACGCAAUCUGAUGAUAUGAGGACGAUCGGCAGGAAUACGCAGGAAUUCUUAAAUUAUUCAAAACAAUGCGCGUACAAAGCUCUGAGGUACGUGAGGCUGGGCAAAAAUUUAAAUUUCAAGCCCGAAAUGUGGGAAGAGACGUCGAAGAGAUCGCGCUCCUCCACCGACAGAUCGAUAGUAGAUACGGACGACAUGCCUUACGUGGCCGAGAGGGAAGAUCCCGAAUCCGGGACUCGCAGCUCGGAGUCCCCCUUCUUCCGCGAGAUGCAGAGGCGAUUGAGAAAAACAUGGACUCCGAAUAUCGGCAGGCAAAGCGCUCAGUAUAAGCUCUUCAGAUCGAGCUCCGGUAGAUUCUCGAUGAUACCCGCGAGAUCGUUGGGGGAGGGGUCCGCCUUCAGCGCAAAGUUCGCCAGAUACGAAAUAAGGGAGAGCCGUUCGGCGAGCAUUUUAAAUGCUCUUCCGAAGGGGUCGUGCUUUCAACGCAGGAACCGCGACCGAUGCUUAUCCUGCAUGCAUAAAUCCCUGAGGAGGACGGACGGGGCUGUCCCCUCGCAAACGACAUUGCUGGCGGAAAUUGAGGCGAGAGGCGACAGCGAGUCCAGCUGCGACGAACUUCGCGAGGAAUUACAAAAGAUGUACCGUCGGAAGAAGGAAAUGCUAAGAUAUCCAGAAAACAUUGUGGCUCCAUCGGACAAAUCAACGUCUCUGUCGCAUCAAGUGGAACGAGAAGAUAUCGCGAUUUCGACCUCAAAGAUCGAGCCAAAUCAAUCUAAGAAUAAAACGGCAAAACCUAUGGAAAGGUCGGUAUCCAAAGGUCCAAAGAGCUUGAAGGCCGCUUCCAUUUCGAUCUCGAUGUCCUCGGAGCCGUCGAAAAUUUCGUCCUCGGAAGUGCACACUUCUGACGACGAGACGUCAUCGCCAUUGGCACUGGACGAUCCGUCGCGAUACAAAAACAUGGCGCCCUGUCAUCUGCCUACGGUUUUUCUACCGAGCAUGGAGCCUCUGCGUGCCUUGAAAGGCAGAAAACCCACCACCAUGGAAUCACGAAUCGCUCUUAUGGAGACCGCAACGAAGGAGAGAUCUGACGAGGAAUAUUAUGACGACGUGAAAAUCGCCGUGCCAAAAACAUCGACGGAAAAAUCGCAGCCGAAACCGGGCGGCGAAAAGCCUAAGAGACUCGGCGAGGAGACGGAUAUAUCCUUAAAGAGCUCGAGAACCCUUUUGAAAGUUAAGUCGGAGCAGCAGCUGAUAUCGCCGAUCGUAAAAUCUCCGUCAAAGGAUCGACUAAGGAGGGGUUACAGUUGCGCGAGCAUCGAGGAUUUAUCGAAGGACGCUGCGAGAGGUACAUCCGAGAUUUCUCGAGGCGAGGCGGAAGAUGAGCGAGGAGGAGUAAUCUCUUUCGCGGAGGAGAUAGAUUUCGAGUCGGUCUUCCCCGACUCGGAGAGACGGACGGGAUUACUACCGCUGUCGACGGUGGCGGAAAUCUCGCGAUUUCUCGAGGGUGCGAAAUUUCGCGGGGACGCGUCGGCCGCGGACAUGCUGCGAAGUCUGGCGGACGAAUUUGCCUCGCGAUUGAUAAGACAGUGCGCCGAGGCGACUGCGUCGACCAAGAGGCGCGCUAAAUUAACCGCGAGAUUAGUGAAGCUGCUGGCGGACUCGAAACGCUACCUCGACCCCGACAAAUUCCCGUCUGACCUUAUUUUCUCCACGCCGCAGCCCCUCGUUUGCAAUACCCGUUUGCUAAGACGUGUCCUGCCGCUCGAAUCCUACAAUCUCAUCGCGCCAUUAUUGGGCAUGCCGCUAUGGUAUCCGAGGGAAGGAGAAAGAGUGAAGGGUGCGUCGUCUUCCGAAGAAGAAGAGAAAGAAGAAGAAGAAGAAGAAGAAGAAGAAGUCGAGGAAGAAGAAGAAGACGAAGAAGAAGGUGCGAUCCCCUUCGACUUGGUGGUGCAUCCCCCGACGACCAAAAUUUCGACGAGAGCAGAGCUUGAACGAGCUCGAGCGCGAUUAAAUCCUUACGCUCUCUUUCUGAGGAAACCAAGGCGCAAGGUUGUCACUUGGCGUCCUUUAACAGCUGACGAUCUCAAAGGCUACGAUCCCGAGGCCACCCUCGACAUGAGAACCAAAAAUAUCACGGACAGGAUAUGCCGUGAAUUUUGCGAAUGGCUGCGCGAUUUAGGCGGCACGGAAAGCAUCCUCGUCAACGAGGAGGUCCUCGGAGACAUGUUCGAAAUUGUCUUUACGGGCGAGGCCAGUAGAACGAUGGAGAUGUCGAUGAAGGAAAUGCCGAUGGUACCCAACGGGGUAGCCGCAGCGAGACAAUGUCCUGAUGCGGGCGAGCUUGCCAUGACCAGGAAGCAGCUGAUUAGAGAUGCUAAGGCUGAGAGUAAGCCGGCCAAAACAAUAGCGUUUGGCACCGCGAUACCCUGGGAGCUUCAAUUCGUACCUCCCGAAAAUCGGGUGAGAGAGAGAUGGCUGCGAUGCGAGCACGUGAUGCCGGAUCUCGAGACGAUGGAUGUGGUCUGGGACGACAUAAUGGAUCUUGAGAGCGUCAAAGCUUUCGUGAGGUGGUUCCGCGAGCAUUACGACAUUUCGCUACCGGAGGCACUAACUCCUAGGCGCGCGAAACGCGCCGUUAAAUUAUACCGGACCGGAAACAGACGAGCAAAUCGGUAGCAUUGAAGCUUGCAGCGCUCCACAAUCGCUCAUGCUGUCACAUCGGGCGGACUCGCCGCUGCAAUAGAGGAGGAAGAUGAACGCGCACGAAAAGAAAUCGCACGAUGCUUUAAGUUGGCUCCGCCACAUCACGCCCUGUAUACCGGCGCCAAAUACGCUCGUGUAACCGAUACGACCACAUGAUGACACGACGCAGAACGCCCAUUUCCUGUAUGCGGCGAACGGUUAACCGUCCCGUAGACCGCCGGUGGGACGCUUCAAUCGCAAACAAUUCCCGGCGAAAUUUCGACAAACGUUCAAUUACGGAACCUAAUUCUCGGCUAAUGAUCGUCGCGCCUCGCGA